GAACGCACAAUCACCGCUCAACUUCUGCACAACACAGAGAUGGAAAUAUAAUAAAUAUAACAAAUUCCACUUAAUAAAAGAGGACACACGAAUGGCUCUCAGUGAGGAAACUCUGCGCUUCGUCGUAUCUGAUGGGAGAUGUGUGCCUCCGACAUGACAGUAAAGGGUGGUGUUUGACCGACCGCUGACCCUGAAGAAAAGAAAACAUUUAAAUAACACCAGUCUGUGAGCUGUUUUUACCAGCACAGGAGGCGCUGCAAUGAUCAACCAACACAUCUACAACCAUUACAACUUCACCGGAAAACUAGACAAUCGCAAUGAAACCAAAGGGGCGCCGAUGGACCCCAAAAUAAUGGCCUUUUUAGUCGUCUGCAGCCUCAUCGUCUUGGAGAACCUAAUCGUGCUGGUGGCCAUUUGGAAAAACCACAAGUUUCAUAACCGGAUGUACUUUUUCAUUGCUAACCUCGCGUUGUGCGAUCUGCUAGCCGGCGUGGCUUACAUUGCAAAUAUACUGAUGUCAGGACAACGGACGCUACAUUUAUCUCCAGCCGAGUGGUUCAUUCGUGAAGGAAGUAUGUUUGUGGCUUUGGGCGCUUCGAUUUUCAGCCUUUUAGCGAUUGCAAUUGAACGCCAUCUCACCAUGAUCAAAAUGAGGCCCUACGACGCUAACAAAAACUACAGAGUCUUUCUGCUCAUAGGAACAUGUUGGCUGAUCGCCAUCACUUUGGGAUCGCUUCCCAUUUUGGGAUGGAACUGUUUAGAGGAUCUUCCUCAAUGCUCGACUAUAUUACCUCUAUACAGCAAGAAUUACGUUGCGUUCUGCAUUACAAUCUUCAUAUCGCUUCUUCUAGCUAUUUCCAUCCUCUACGCGCGCAUUUACGUCCUCGUCAAGAGUAGCAGUCGUAAAGUAACCAAACAUAGUAAUUGCGAGCGCUCCAUGGCUUUACUGCGGACCGUCAGUAUUGUCGUUGGCGUUUUCAUCGCAUGUUGGACGCCGAUUUUCGUGCUCCUGUUAAUCGACGUAGCAUGUGGUCCCAAAAGAUGUCCGGUUCUACUAAAAGCUGAUUGGUUCAUCGCUCUGGCUGUUUUAAACUCCGCUAUGAAUCCCGUCAUCUACACAUUGGCCAGUAGAGAAAUGCGAAGGGCGUUUUAUAAGCUCGUAUGUGGGUGUUUGGUGAAGGACGGAGUUGCGGGAUGCAAAAACACAGAUCCAAGUCGGAGCAAAUCUAGCUCGAAUUGCCCACGAGCGGCAGAACAAGAAAACCAAGAUGUCGUCAAUUCAUAGUUUUUUUGUGACUCUGAGGUUUGGAUGGUAAAGCAAUGCACACAACUGCAAUAUUCUGUGUGUUUCAAGCUAAUCAAUAUUUUAAUAUUUAAAGGCACAUUACAGCUUGAGUCUGAAUUAUUAUUUCCACCCCCAAUUUCUGGUUUUGUCCAAAAAUGACUAGAAUAGUGCUAUAUAUUUUGCUGACUUGUGUAUUAAUAUAAUCUCAAAUGUUUUAAUGUUGAAAUCCAGAGAAAUAAUACAUUUUAGCUGGCGAGACGGAGCGUGUGCUGUAUGUACAGGCUAAUUGUCACACCCUCCAUUUCUGGUUUGGUUUGGUAGAAAACAGGGAAACAGCAGCGAUGCUUUAAUGUAUUGUGUGUUUUAUUGGACUGCACAGAGCAGCAUUACAAUUGAAGCCUAAAAUGUAUUCAGUCUGAUAAAAUGACGCUGUUUCUUCUGGAAGCACUCGACUGUGGCAUAAUAAAAGCUCUGCUGCUUUCUUGGCGAAAAGUGGAAACAGGCAAGCAGAUGAGUACAGAAAACAAACCAACACACUAAUCUGCACAAGGUUUUCCACUGGGGAAAUGUGUGAGUGGCGACACAAUGUUUGCAUGAGUUUCUAUAAACACUUCAUAUUGCUUUAAAGUCGGCAUUAAACGUUAAAAGUUAAGAUCUAUCGUGACAUAUAUCCAAUUGAAAUGUCCUGAAAUGAGCACAAAAAGUAGGGCGGUGCAUGAUUCCAUCCUUUGGGAACUGAUCAUAUUGUUGGAAAAUGGAGGUUGUUACCAAAAUGGAGGAAGACUGAACAAAAUGGAAUGGAGGAGUGGAUGAAAGCAGGACAAAAACGAGACAUCCACUGAUAGACUCUACUGGUAGCCCCGCCCUAAAGGACUGAUAGUCCCUCCCCCAAAGGACAUAUAGGCCCGCUCUAAAGGACAGAUAACCCCACCCUAAUGACUUAUAGCCCCGUCCUUAAAGAUUGAUAGUCCUGCCCUGAAGGACUGAUCAUCCCACCCUAAAUGAAAAAUAGCUCUGCCUUCAAUGACUGAUAGUCCUGCCCCCAAAAGACAUAGAACCCCGCCCUAAACUACUGACAGCCUUGCCCUAAUGACUGAUAUCCCCGUCCUAAAAGACUGAUAGUCCUGCCCUAAACGACUGAUUAUCCUACCCUAAAUAAAUGAUAGCCCUGCUCUAAAUGACCCUAAAUGACCACUAAAUGACCCGCCCCCCCCAAAGGACAUAUAUCCCCGCUCUAAAAAACGGAUAGCUUUGCCCUAAUUGACUGAUAGCCCCAUUCUAAAAAGAUUGAUUGCCCCGCUCUAAAGGACUGAUUACCCCACCCUACAUAAAUAAUCCGCCCCUAAAUGACAUAUAGUCCUGCCCUAAAGGACUAAAAGCCCCGCCCCCAAAGGACAUAUAGCCCCACUUUAAAGGAUGGAUAGUCCCGCCCUAAAUGUCUGUUAGUCGCAUCCUAAAAGAUUGAUAGCCCUGCCCUAAAGGACUGAUUAUCCUACCCUAAAUAAAUGAUAGCUCUGGCCAAAAUGACUGAUAGUCCCACCCCCAAACGACAUAUAGUCCCACCCUAAAGGACUGAUAGCCCCGUACUAAAAGAUUGAUAGCCAUGCCCUAAAGGAUAUGAAAGGAAAUGAUAGUCCCGCUCACAAAAGAACAUAUAGCCCCACUCUAAAGGAAGUACCCUAAUUUACUAAUAGCACCACCCUAAAGAACUGAUAGCCCCGCCCUAAAGAACUGAUAGCUCCGCCCCAAAUAACUGAUAUUUCCACCUUAAAGGACUGAUAGCCCCGCCCUAAUAGACUCAUAGCCGCGCCUUAAUGGAUUAAUAGUCCCGCCCUAAAAGCAGACAAUGUGACCAGAAGUGAAAAAAGUAAUUUCAAGGUUAAGGUGUUCGAUUAAAAAUUCUGAAGUCAUAAAAGGUGGAGACUAAGAGCCACACCCACUUAUUACAUAACCACCACAAAACAAUAGCAGAUCAGAGGUGUUUUCAAGGUGAAUCAAACUUUUCAAAUUGAUUUCAUGUGCUUUACUGUACAUAAUAAGAUUUCCAAACAGUAUAUAUAUAUAUAUAUAUAGUUGAUGUCAGAAUUAUUAGCCCCUCUUUGUAUUUUAUUUUGCUUUUUUUUUUUUGCAAGUAUUUCCCAAAUGAUGUUUAACAGAGCAAGGAAAUUUUCACAGUAUGUCUGAUAAUAUUUUUUCUGCUGAACUCUUAUUUGUUUUAUUUAUUUAUUUUUUUGUUUUAUUAUUUUUAUUUGUUUUUUUAAACAUUUUAAGGUCAAUAUUUUUAGCCCCUUUAAGCUAAUUUUUUCGAUAGUCUACAGAUCAAACCAUCGUUAUACAAUAACUUGCCUUAUUACCCUAAUCUGCCUAGUUAACCUAAUUAACCUAGUGAAGCCUUUAAAUGUCACUUUAAGCUGUAUAGAAGUGUCUUGAAGAAUAUCUAGUCAAAUAUUAUUUACUGUCAUCAUGGCAAAGAUGAUGUUAUUAGCAAUGAGUUAUUAAAACUAUUAUGUUUAGAAAUGUGUUAAAAAAACUCUCCGUUAAACAGAAAUUAGGGAAAAAAUAAACAGGGGGGCUAAUAAUUCUGACUUCAACUGUAUACAGUAUAUAAAUAUAUAUAUUCGUUUUCAAUGGGAAACACUUGCAAGUUACUGUGUUGCGUUCAUUUUGUGUAUGCAUCUGUUUGGCUAAAACAUUCUUACUUUUUUUGUUGUAAAUAUCACCUUGCUUUGCCCUCCAGCCUCAUGUCACUCACAAAAAUUAACCUACCAGCCAUAACAGAGCCUAAAGCACUCAGUGUGCGCACUAAAAUGCACACUACAGCAUUAGUGCAUGCUAUAGGACUUUAGUAUGCACUUUUUAAGUGCACUUAAAGCAUUAGAGCAUACUAAAGAGCACACUAAAGUUAAGUGCAUAAUGUUCUCCAGAGUAGAACAAAACAUUUAUUUUAGAUGAGUAAAAUAGUCAUACUUGACAAAUAUAUAAAUAUUGAACGCAUUCAUGCAGCGGUAUGUUUAAUAAUGUACCCACAUGAACAAAUACUAUAGUAAUGUCUAUUAAUUAUAUUGUGUAUAUUGCAGUAUUCACAACUCAUUGUUAAUAAAUGCUGCAACAUACUGUAGUAAUAACUAUAGCAAAUGGAUAAACUGUAAGGCACAGGUAUCACCCAGUUCCUGGAGAGCCGCAGCUCUGCACAGUUUAUUUCCAACCCUAAUUAAACACACCUGAUCAAACAAGUGCUUUAGAUUUGUUUGAAACCUACAGAUAGAUGUGUUGAAGCAGGGCUGGAACUAAACUCUGCAGGGCUGCGGCUCUCCAAGAAUUGAGUUUGACACCCAUCCUGUAAUGUAUACCGUAGUUUUGUUGUGUAGUUUCUGGGUGUAUUGAAGCACCAUAUAGACGUAGAAAACUACACGAUUGGGUUAUCUGUUAUAAUAAAAUAGUUACCAUAGAGCUGUACAAUUGUCAUAUCAGAUUAUUUAUAUAUAGUAAGGCUCAAAAACACUAUAGUAUUUACUUUAAGUUACUAUAGUAUUUUUUUCACCUGGAUAUACCUUUGAUGUUUGUAAAAGCAGGAGUGGAUGUAAUAUAUUAGCAUGUUUUACACCUUUGCCUUGACAUAUUGUAUAGAGUUUGUUCAUUUCGUUGAAGUUAUUUAAUUGUAACAUGUUGAAACGUUUAACCCAAAGACUAAAACAAAGGGACGUGUGUAAAUGUAGACUGCUGUAAAUGUAUUAUAAGAUUAAAAGCAUGAUGUUUAAAGCUG